GUUGAACAAAAUCAUUUUAUUCAUUACAUUUCAAACAUAUUAUAUUAUAUAUAUAUAUUAUAUUAUUUUAUGCCAAUGCAACAUUUGUAAAUAAAGCUGCUGAAAUUUUAAUGGGUUCUGGUUUUGGUGUGUCACAAUGUUUACUGGCCACCUUUAAACCAAACUUUCCCCUGGCUGGCCCGUCUAAUAAAACCCCGUCACAGUGGGCUCAUCAGUGCGCUUCGCUGCUUUGACCUUUCCACUCUGGCUGCGCGUCUCUGCAGCGCCUCGGGUCAGACGCGCGUGGAGCUGCGGGGCUGUGAGCACGCGCGGCUCGGAGGCAGAUCCUCGGUAGAACACGCCCUGAUAGAAAAGGUAGACCCACGCAGGGUGAGACACAGACUGCCGCGAACGUUCUGCUGGAUCACAGAGCGAGCGGCCGGAAUCAGCAGUCCCAAUGCCCCCUCCGCAGGCUCCCGCAACCGGACUCCCACCGAAUCAGAUCGGGACAGGCCUGCUGGCACUCAGCGUGGACUUACUGGGGACCGACGGUUCGGGACACCUGGUGAUCCUGAAUGAGAUAUCUGCAGCGGCAGAGGAUUAAUCCCACCAUGAGCAGGAAGACCCGGCGCUGGAUUUUCCAUUUCUUCCUCUGCCUUGGAGUUGUUUAUCUGAAGAUUGGGGGUCUGUCGUCGGUGGUCGCGCUGGGAGCCAGCAUCAUCUGUAACAAGAUCCCGGGCCUGGCCCCCCGGCAGAGAACUAUCUGUCAGAGCCGACCCGACGCCAUCAUCGUGGUCGGGGAGGGGGUCCAGAUGGGCACCAACGAGUGCCAGUUCCAGUUCAGGCACGGCCGCUGGAACUGUUCGGCUUUGGGGGAGAGGACCGUGUUCGGUAAAGAGCUCAAAGUUGGCAGUAAGGAGGCUGCGUUCACCUACGCCAUCAUAGCAGCCGGGGUUGCCCAUGCAGUCACUGCCGCCUGCACCCAGGGGACCUUGAGCGGCUGUGGCUGUGACAAGGAGAAGCAGGGUUUCUACAACCAGGAGGAGGGCUGGAAGUGGGGCGGCUGCUCGGCAGACUUCCACUAUGGUCUGGGAUUUUCUAAAGUGUUUGUGGACGCGCGGGAGAUCAAGCAAAAUGCCAGGACGCUCAUGAAUUUGCACAACAAUGAAGUGGGCCGAAAGGUCCUUGAAAAGGGAAUGCACCUAGAGUGCAAAUGCCAUGGUGUUUCUGGAUCCUGCACUACCAAGACAUGCUGGAUGACUCUUCCUAAAUUCCGGCAGCUGGGAUACAUCUUGAAAGACAAGUACAACCAGGCGGUACACGUGGAGCCGGUUCGCGCCAGCCGCAACAAACGUCCCACCUUCCUCAAGAUCAAGAAACCCCACUCCUAUCACAAGCCGAAAGACACGGAGCUCGUCUACAUUGAGAGGUCUCCCAACUACUGCGAGACCGACCAGCUGACUGGCAGCAUGGGAACACAGGGACGCCUGUGCAACAAAACUGCUCUGCAACCCAACAGCUGUGACCUGAUGUGCUGUGGGCGUGGAUACAACACUCAUCAGUACUCACAUGUUUGGCAGUGCAACUGCAAGUUUCUGUGGUGCUGCUACGUCAAGUGCAACACCUGCAGUGAGAGGACAGAGGUAUAUACCUGUAAAUAGGGAUAUUUAUUAGAUACUUUUUAGGGCGCACACCUAGUCUGAGCCGUAUGUGUGUAUGUGAGAGAAUGUGUGUGGUUUUUGAUUAAUAUAUUAAAAAACAAGAGUUCUUGUGUGUCUUUGCAUUCAACAGUUCCAACUGGCUUUUUCUACUUCUGUUGUUUACGAUGGCGCCAAUGGACGUUGAAUUUGUAGUGUUUCAUAAGUGUUCUGUUAAUCUUUCAAGUCAAGUGCUAUUUGAUUCUCCAAACGUCUUCUUUUCUGCAGUCCAUAAAUGUCUACAAUGUGACUCAUGACACACUGUUUUAUAGAAUAAUAAUUUAUUGAUUGAGAAAACUACUGAUCACAUUCAAAAUACACUUAUCACUGCAUCUGCUUUGUGGUGUGGAUGCAUAGUUUAAAAAUAAUAAGUGCACUUAAGAACAGAAAGGUUUUUACAUUUUUUUUUUUCUUUGUGACAGCUGUAACACUGGAGCGCAAAAAUGAAAUGAAUUCAAGUGAUUCGAAGUGAAUAACCCAGCAGCCUUUUUAUUUGUAGCGAGCCUACAACAAGAACUACUGACCAUGUGCUUUCUAUGAUGGUAUUGUUUUCUACUUUCUGAUCUUUCUGGACUAAGUCUCACCGGAAAAUGUGCAGCAGUGAUGUUUGUCCACAUGCCCACAUAUACACAAUUCAUAGUUAAAUGUUUGAGCAGGUAACACAACCCAUUGCUGUUGUUAGUGAUGAAGAACAUUGACAUCUCCAGAUAAGGACCAUUAACAUGUGCAAGCUAUACCAAUGUUUAUCUACCCCCUCACCUUGUAUCAUUAAUUCAUCAUACUGAUAUUUUAGAACUGAGAGAAAAAAGGAAAUACAAGUGAUAAAGGGGGAAGAAAAGUGACAUUUACAAGAACCUGCACUGACCUCUGGAUCAUAGUGUCUCAUCACAACUUUGUUUUUCUUAAAGACUCUUUUCUUUUUGUUCUCACCUGCAGGGCUAGUGCUGUUGUCAGUUUUAUUGAGAGAAAUAUACAUUGUCAUGACGGCACUGUAGAUUUGUCAUUUAAUACUCGAUUCUCUGCUGGAUUUUUCAUAUUUUUUUCUAUCUGCUUUAAAAGUCUAAUGUUCACAGAUAACACAAUAGUUUCAUCUAAAUGGGCCCUCCCCUCCCAACCCCCAAUACCUUAAUGGUAUCAAGGUAUACCGAGUUUUUUAAUGUUUUAAAAUUUUUAUUUUAUUUACUGUUGUUCCUAUGGUCCUUUUAAUGGGAUGCUAUGGAUGGUGCUGGAGUGACUGCUGCUUUCUCUGGCUCUAUGGCGCAAGUAGUAUUGCAGCGCUGCAUUAACAGUUAUGGGUUGGAAACUAAAGGAGCACCACACAUUACUGUUAAAGCAACUGAUUUAAAACUAGUGUAGACAAGCUAUGAGUGGCAUAUGAGUCAUUAUAGCUCAAUCUUAGCUAAUAGCCUGAGUAAUUAACCGGCUAAUAUUAGCAGUGUUACUCUACAAAGAGUUGAAUAAAGAAGCAGCAACCAUCUAUGAGUAGGGACAUGAAAAAUGCCACUAAACUAUUACUAGAGCUACCACUAUAUUAUUAUAUUACAGUGAGAAUUUUGUACGGCUCCACGUCUACCCUCCUUCCUUAUUUGAGGCAUCAUGUCACCGACAAGUAUCCGGACCUUUACUUUGACAUCAUAAGUUUGGAACAUGAAACCAGUACCCCAGCUCAAGCAUGGUUAUGGGUCAACAAUAAGAAAAUGGUACGUUUACGCAAUGGAUCAACAAAUGUACCUACUGCACCAUCUUUCUUGAGAUUGGGUUCCUUUUAAAUGUGCUCCUAGCUGUCUGGAAAAUUAUGAUGUUUGUGACUGAGCAGCCAUAUUCACUCUUCAAGCUAACAGCAUGCAGGAAGUUUUAGCCUCCAGUUAGACACAUCCCCUAAUGUUGAUUGACAAAGUAUAUUUUAUAAGAAAUUAUUUUUAUAUAGAUUGUCUUUAUUUUUUUUACCUCUGUGUAAUCUUCGUUCCCUAAGCAUUUCAUAAUGUGCUUUUAAAGAACUUAAACAGUGGAAGAAGUUUUUACAGGCCUGGUGAGGAUUGUUUUGAAGUAACUUUUUGUGGAACGUUUAUGAUUAGCUUAUGUCUGAACUCCGGUAGAUAGCUUAGAUAAACUAAUUCUCUCUGCUUGGGUAUUAAGGAAAAACUAUGAUCCGUCCCACUCAGUUAAUGGCUGGGCUAGUGAAGGUCCAGGCCAAAGUGGAUCACUGUCAACUUUGGGGUAAAUUCAUUGUUUUUAAACAGUGGUACUAGUACCAUUCACAUAAUUUGAUUGCCUUUGGCAGUAAUCAAUUGGAAUUUGAUGUCAAUAGUUUACAAGGUAACCAAAUACAUUUGCAAAAAUGGAGCACCUCAUGGCUCAGAGCGGGCACACCAUGUGUGAGGGCUACAAUCCUCAACGUAGUCCUUGGUUUGAUUCCCAGCCCUGGGCCAUUUUUCUUCAUGUCUUCCCCUUCUCUGCACUUUUACAUGUCCAGCUACUAAUAAGUAAAGGCCACUAGUGCCACGAAAAUCCAUAAAAAUGUAUUUUAAAGCAUUGACCUUAAAUUCAAACAGCUGCUGUUCAGAAGGGAAAUGCAGUGAAGGACAUUUUGAAAACCACUCAGCUAAAGUGGACCAAAAAAGUACUGGUGGUUACUUAUGAUGGUUUUCAUUUACUUCUAAAGUUGGAAAGUGGAUCUGCGAUUAAUUUCAAAACCAACUAAACCAUGUGUUAGUUGCAAAUUUUGGACUCAAUGACCAGGCUAAUUACUAUCAGUAAUGCAAGCUAAUAGCAAUAUAUGGCCAUUUCUCAACAACAAAAAACACAAUUAUGUUCUUCUGUUAAAUUCUAAGAAUGUACUUGGCAAGAAGAGCUGAAAAUACUGUAUGUUAUUUCAAAGAGCACAAGGAUGCAGUCUGGUUGUUCUGCAACUAGGACAGAGCAUAGUUGACGAGGUCACCACCUAUCUAAAAUCUGUCCCGGGAUAGAUAAGAUUUUUUUCACAUACAUAUUGAAUAGUGAAAUAAGAAUAAAAUUAGUGAGAAUGUCGAUAUAACAAAAUCUAAAUGUUUAUGUAGAAAGAUGUGAUGUUUGGACUAAGUUACGUGUCUAAUGAGCUAAAGUUGUUCUUUUGAUUAAGUUCUUAUGUCUGUUUACAGUUUUUGCCUUGGAAUUGGAAAGUGAAUCAAACUAUCUAACUAACUCCAACAACUCACUGAGACUGCAGCCAGGUUGGCCUAUCAGUGGAACUUAGCUCCUCCAAAAACAAUCGAGUGAAUUUGAAAGAAGCCUUAUUCUUGAUUAUUUAAUGCAUUUAUGAAGUUUUCAGGCCUACUUUCUAAGCUUAAAACUCUCAAAACUAUUCAACUAUUUUAGUGACAAAUUAUUAGCAAUUUAAAAAAAUUAUAACUGCGCACCUUCUUUCUCCCUUUACCACUGCAGGUUGCGCAGUGCUAAGUCUGCAGAAGGCUGCAUCGUUGCAUCCUUGAUAAAAUAGGCGGGGCAAGAACAAAUUGGGACAUUUGAAGCAUACUUGCUUUUAUGCGUACUUUGGACUGGAACAGUUCUUGGAUGCUGCUGAUGACAGAUACGCAAGUGCACAAUUACAGACAACGGCUAAUGUCUCUGACACAUUGACUUACAGUAUUAGAUUGUAAAUGUAAUAUAUGUUUAGUAAAGAUUUAUACACAAACAAGUGCAAAUAAACACUUUAUUACUGCAGCUAUCUGUGUUUUGAACUCAUGCCAUUCUGGAUUUUUAGAGAUGGAACAUAUUAGGCGUAUCUGGACACAGAAACUGUAGCAAAAGUAAGGCAGAAAAUAACUCUACAUUUCACGAGUGUUACACUAAAAUCAUCCACCCAUGAUGUUCAGGACCAGAUCCAAUCCCAUCCGAUGCAUUUGUGAUGGUGGUUUAAAGGUUUAUAAAAUAGUGUUUUUAUGAACCUUUGAAAUUUUUCGGACCAGAUUAGUUCUAAUAUAGCAGAAAUCUGCUUUGGUUUGGGUUCUACAUGGACUACUUGUUCACUCACUGCAGUUCAAACUUGUUUUAAUAUUUCCAAACUCAGGGGGUUAAACAGGGUGUCUAGUGCAGAUAACAUGCAGACUAAGUUGGCCUUUAUAAUUCAGGGCUGACUUAAAAAAAAAAAUCAGUUUUCCUAAAACAAAUAACUGUGUCAUUAUUUUUAGGGAUAGUUGUCUUUACUGUUUUUGAGUGAAGCCAGUGUAUGCUGCAGGCCAUAAUUUUCAACAGGUGUAAUUUACUUUAAACCGUUUAAUUUUUAUGAACUUAUUUUAAUGAGGAAACCGUUAAUCAUCUCAAUGACGGAGCAUUUUUAUUACACACUAUAAUUAGCUCAUUAAACAAAUAUCAGUAUUUUUCAGUCAGUGUUUUUAUACAUAGUUGAUUAAAGGUCUUUAGAUCGACUCAUGCUGAACAGUAAAACCAACUGGAGGUCGAUAUGGAUGCUUAUGAAAAUGUUUAAGGAUUCACUGUGUUUUAUUAAACAGGAAGUGGAGAGAUGACAGCAAAUGAUGAUGAUGGUAAUGAGAAGACAAAAGCUUCAUGGACAGAUAUCUGAUGUUCAAACUUAUGUUACCAACUGCCUAUAUCUGGUUCUUCUUCUGUAUUUUGGGUGGCACUGAGUCCAGCUCCUGGUUUCCACCAAAACCACUGGACAAGGUUGUAUAGUCAUGCUAGUACCCUUUGUGGAAACUGGAACCAUCCCCUGGUCUUCAUUGUGGAAGUUUAUUACCAUGCCGCAACAGCUACAAAACAAUCAGAGCUACCUAAAUCUAAACUUGGACGGUUCUUAAAGCACAUCCGGAUCAUGAAAGGUUAAUUGUACGUAGAGAAAGUGGCUUUUCAGCCUAGGAGGGUGAAUUCAGUGACUGUCACACACUUUCAGGGUUUUCUUGUAAACUUCAAGUCAUCCUUAGGUUUUGUUCCCUGAUGUUUUCCCAGCUGCUGUAGUUCUCUUUUAAUCAGAGCUGUUGAAUUGUAACACUGAAAAACACGUUUGGCGAUUCUUUGCUGUGUUUAAUAAAUGGCUCGCUGCUGA